AUCUGACGAGAACCAACUUGGAAAAAAGAUAAGAGUUUGAUAAAUGUUGGUUUUUGAAGAUUUCCUUCAAAUUUGGGCGAAAUCCAAGUAAUGGAAAGCUUGAGGAUGCUUUUAGAAGCGCUCUGCUAUUAUCGAGUAUUUUGAGAGAAGAAUGGGCAGUGCUGCUAAAUUGAGAAACUCUCUUGCUUUCCUACUGAAUCACUAUUAUCAUGUAAGGCUUUCAUUUCAUGCUCAGAACUAUUCUUCUUGUUGUUCCGGAGAGAAUGUGGAAACCCCAAUUCAGUUCUUGGCUUCUGUGAGAGCUCAAUGCAAAUCCGGAAGCUUAAGGAGUCUCGAUGAUGCAUUGGGGUUCUUUCGUCGAAUGGUUCGCAUGCACCCUUUGCCUACCAUUGUCGAUUUCACACAAUUGCUGUGUGCGAUUGCGAGAAUGAAGCAUUACUCCACAGUUAUUACUCUGAUUAAAGAAAUGGAACUUCUGGGAAUUUCCCAUGAUGUUUAUACUCUUAGUAUUUUGAUUAAUUCCUUCUGCCAUUUACACCGGGUGGAUUUUGGGUUCUCUGUCUUGGCAAGAAUUUUGAAACUUGGUCAUCAACCGGACUGUAACAUUCUAACCACUCUUGUCAAGGGGCUCUGUCUUCUGGGUGAAAUCAAUCAAGCUAUGUGUUUGGUUGAUGAGAUUGACAAGAAUGGGCAUAGCCCUGAUAUAUUUACCUUCAGCAUAUUGGUGGACGCACUUUGCAAACAGGGGAUGCUGACAGAGGCCGAAAAGGUUUUUGGUGUGAUGAUUCGGAGAGGUAUAGAGCCUAACCCAGUUACGUAUAAUUCAUUGAUUGAUGGUUACUGUUCGCAAAACAGAAUUUAUGAGGCAGUCAAAGCAUUUCAUAUUAUGGUUGAGGACGGUUGGUUGCCUUGUGUUGUUAGCUAUGGCAUAUUGAUCAAUGGAUAUUGUAAAAGUAGAAGAAUUGAUGAGGCAAUGAGUCUCAUUCAUGAAAUGUCUAACAAGGGAAUGAAUCUCGAUGUUGUAAGUUACAACACUCUUAUAGGUGGGCUUUGUCGAGUGGGGAGACCCCAGGCUGCACAAGAGCUACUGCAUAAGAUGCAAGCUUGGGGCAACCGUCCAAAUCUCCGAACUUAUGCUGUUUUGUUAGAUGGUCUGUUUAAGAAUGAAAAUUUUUCCAAAGCAAUGGCAUUGUUUCAAGAGAUGGAAGACUACAAGCUUUGCCUUGAUAUUGUGAUUUACAACAUCUUUAUUGGCGGUAUGUGUAAUGCCGGGAAAAUUAUGACUGCUAGAGAACUCUUUUAUAGUCUUCCUUCCAAAGGUUUGCAACCUAAUAUUCGGACUUACACUAUAAUGAUCAAAGGGCUUUGCAAAGAGGGACUACUAGAUGAAGCAAGUGAGCUGCUUGAAAAAAUGGACGGAAAUGGUUGCUCACCUGAUGCUUUCACAUAUGAGACAAUCAUUCGAGGAACACUGCAGCAUAAUGAGACAUCCAGGGCUGUAAAAUACCUCCAAAUAAUGGUUGCGAAGGGGUUUUCUGUAAAUAUGACCAAUGCAAUGUUGGUUGACUUGUUGUCAGCUAUUCAAACGGAUAGAACAAUUCAAGAAUAGGUUUAGAAGUUUCUGUGAGGGCUUUCUACUUUUUCAACAUCAAAAAGUACUUUCACACUUUGACCCAUCACUACUCAACCCUAAAGGAAAACUUUAUCAAACAAUUUUGAAAAAGUGAUGGCCAUGAUGCUGGAAGCAUGAUCAAUUACACCACAAGAACCUUACUUCCAGGGGAUAUCUGGCACUUAUUUUCAGUGGUGAUCAUGAUAUGUGUUUUCCAUACACUGGGAGUGAAGAUGGAUGAGAUCAGUUGCAUAGAAGAUUGGGGAUGAAUGGAGGCCUUGAACUUCAAAUGGAAAUGUUGCUGGGUAUACACAAGUGUAUGAUAACAAUCUGACCCUUUUAACCAUAAAGGUCAGAUCUUCUGAUUAUUGAAACUUCCAUUGGAAUUGCACCUUAAUUUGAAUUAUUCAAUUUUUUGUGUGGCAUUGGCUGGAAAACCAAUAUGAGAGAAAUAUGCAAUUUUUUUUUUUUUAAUUUAAUUUACUUUUAUGAGCAAGAAAUAUGUAAAUUAUAGUUGAGUGCUUGCAGCACAUAAGUUUCAUGUGUGGGAGAGACGCAGAUGAGAGAGGAGUCUUUCUAUUCUGAUUCUUUUUUCCCCUUCAAUAUAUCAUAGAAAAUUUAUUCUGAUAAAUUUUGAUUGA